CAGACAGAGAUAGACGGUCUACCUGGUCAUGGAUCUCCUGCUGAUGCUGUUGCUGUUGCUGUGGAGCUCAGGACUCCAGGCUGAAGAUAAACACCAAUCAACAGAGCCUGUCAGGUUGGUGGGAGGAGCCAGUCGCUGUGCAGGUACACUGGAGGUGAAACAGGGAGAGUGGAGACCAGUGAGUUACUAUGACUCUGACUGGACCCUGAAGGCAGCAGCUGUUGCCUGCCGAGAAUUGGACUGUGGCUCUGCUGUUUCAACAGGAAGCAGAGAUGAGUUCUCAGACAGACCUGUAUGGGAGAUCGACCUUGACUGUCUUCAGUCUGGAUCUACACUGAGGGACUGUGUAUCAUCAGGUUCCUCUUCCUACAUCCUGGAGCUCACCUGCUCAGACUCUGUCAGGCUGGUGAAUGGGACUAGUCUGUGUUCAGGCAGACUGGAGGUGAAGUCUGAGCAGUCGUGGUCCUCAGUGUGUGAAGCUGACUUUGACCAGCAGGAUGCAGAGGUGGUCUGUAGGGAGCUUGGCUGUGGGGCUCCUUCAGUCCUCCAGGGGGCGCUCUAUGGAGACGUGGAGGCGCCAGUGUGGACCAAAGAGUUCCAGUGUGGAGGCAAUGAGUCUACUCUCCUGGACUGUAGAAGAUCAGACUCAGCUAGAAGAACCUGCUCACCUGGUAAAGCUGUUGGACUCACCUGCUCAGAGCCUGUCAGGUUGCUGGGAGGAGCCAGUCGCUGUGCAGGUAGACUGGAGGUGAAACAUGGAGAGUGGAGUCCAGUAGAGCAUUAUGACUGGACCCUGAAAGAAGCAUCUGUUGCCUGCCGAGAAUUGGACUGUGGCUCUGCUGUUUCAACAGGAAGCAGAGAUGAGUUCUCAGACAGACCUGUAUGGAGGAUCAGACCUGACUGUCUUCAGUCUGGAUCUACACUGAGGGACUGUACAUCAUCAGGUUACUCUUCCUCCAUCAUGGUGGAGCUCACCUGCUCAGACUUUAUCAGGCUGAUGAAUGGGACUAGUCUGUGUUCAGGCAGACUGGAGGUGAAGUCUGAGCAGUCGUGGUCCUCAGUGUGUGAAGCUGACUUUGACCAGCAGGAUGCAGAGGUGGUCUGUAGGGAGCUUGGCUGUGGGGCUCCUUCAGUCCUCCAGGGGGCGCUCUAUGGAGAAGUGGAGGCUCCAAUGUGGACCAAAGAGUUCCAGUGUGGAGGCAAUGAGUCUACUCUCCUGGACUGUAGAAGAUCAGACUCAGCUAGAAGAACCUGCUCACCUGGUAAAGCUGUUGGACUCACCUGCUCACCAGAGACUGUCAGGUUGGUAGGAGGAGCCAGUCGCUGUGCAGGUAGACUGGAGGUGAAACAGGGAGAGUGGAUACCAGUGAGUUACUUUCGCUGGACCCUGAAGGAUGCAGCUGUUGCCUGCAGAGAAUUGGACUGUGGCUCUGCUGUUUCAACAGGAAGCAGACAUGACUCAUACAGAUCUGUAUGGAAUAUCAUACCUAACUGUCUUCAGUCUGGAUCUGCUCUAAGAGACUGUGGAUUAUCAGUUUCCUCUUCCUCCUCCAUAGUGGAGCUCACCUGCUCAGACUUUAUCAGGCUGAUGAAUGGGACUAGUCUGUGUUCAGGCAGACUGGAGGUGAAGUCUGAGCAGUCGUGGUCCUCAGUGUGUGAAGCUGACUUUGACCAGCAGGAUGCAGAGGUGGUCUGUUGGGAGCUUGGCUGUGAGGCUCCUUCAGUCUUCCAGGGGGCGCUCUAUGGAGAAGUGGAGGCUCCAAUGUGGACCAAAGAGUUCCAGUGUGGAGGCAAUGAGUCUGCUCUCCUGGACUGUAGAAGAUCAGACUCAGCUAGAAGAACCUGCUCACCUGGUAAAGCUGUUGGACUCACCUGCUCACCAGAGACUGUCAGGUUGGUGGGAGGAGCCAGUCACUGUGCAGGUAGACUGGAGGUGAAACAUGGAGAGUGGAGACCAGUGAGUAACUCUGACUUGACCCUGAAGGAUGCAGCUAUAAUAUGUAGAUAUUUGGACUGUGGCUCUGCUGUUUCAACAAGAAUCAGAAAUGAAGACUCAUACAGACCUGUAUGGGGGAUCAGAUCUGACUGUCUUCAGUCUGGAUCUACACUGAAGGACUGUGCAUCAUCAGGUUCCUCUUCCUACAUCCUGGAGCUCACCUGCUCAGACUUUAUCAGGCUGAUGAAUGGGACUAGUCUGUGUUCAGGCAGACUGGAGGUGAAGUCUGAGCAGUCGUGGUCCUCAGUGUGUGAAGCUGACUUUGACCAGCAGGAUGCAGAGGUGGUCUGUAGGGAGCUUGGCUGUGGGGCUCCUUCAGUCCUCCAGGGGGCGCUCUAUGGAGAAGUGGAGGCUCCAAUGUGGACCAAAGAGUUCCAGUGUGGAGGCAAUGAGUCUGCUCUCCUGGACUGUAGAAGAUCAGACUCAGCUAGAAGAACCUGCUCACCUGGUAAAGCUGUUGGACUCACCUGCUCAGAGCCUGUCAGGUUGGUGGGAGGAGCCAGUCACUGUGCAGGUACACUGGAGGUGAAACUGGGAGAGUGGAGACCAGUGAGAGAGUUUUACUCUGACUGGACCCUGAAGGCAGCAGCUGUUGCCUGCAGAGAAUUGGACUGUGGCUCUGCUGUUUCAACAGGAAGAAGAGAUGAGUCCUCAUACAGACCUGUAUGGGGGAUCAGGCGUGACUGUCUUCAGUCUGGAUCUGCACUGAGGGACUGUGUAUCAUCAUCAGGUUCCUCUUCCUCCAUGGUGGAGCUCACCUGCUCAGACCUGCUGCUUCAGCCAAUCAUCUCUGUGUCUCCUACCAUGGACGGGGUCUCCGGGGCCCAGCAGCAGGGGUUUCAGGUUCUCCAGGGCUCCAGCUUCACCAUCAGCUGCUCCGUCCAGCCUCAGUACCCAGGAGGCUCCUUCCAGCUCACCUUCACCUCCUCCAACACAACAUACAACUACACCCAGCCAGCUGUCAAUCACUCUGCUGACUUCCUGUUUCCUGCUGCAGACCCCGCCCACCAAGGAAGCUACAGCUGUGUUUAUGGCGUCUAUGUUUUUUCUCAUAACUUCUCCUCUGAGAGCCGUCUGCUCUCUCUCACUGUCACAGAUCCAAAAGUUUUUAUCAUCAGACUGGUCGUCCUGCCGGUGGCUCUGCUGCUGUCUAACACUGCCCUCUAUUUCAUCCUGAAGGCCAGCAGGGGGCAGAAGUCAGACCCACAGGAGACCAUUGAGCUGGAUUAUUAUAACCUGGGUGUUUCCAGAGCUGAAGGAGAGCCGGCUGGAGAGGAAGGAGAGCCGGCUGGAGAGGAAGGAGCUCGGGGAGCAGAGUAGGACCUCCGAGGAGCCACACAAACCCUCUGAAGAAGAAAAUCACAUUUGGUUUCAUCUCUCCUCUCAGUCUGACAGGUUUUUGCAGCUCAGCACGGCGAGGAAUGACGUCUGU